AUUUUUGCUCAAAGCAACGAUGAUUGUCAUAACUAGAUGGCCGUAAUAAAUAAAGGAAGGAGAAAAAACCUUCUUUGUUGUUGCUGAGACUGAAGAGCUAGAGCUAGAGAUGUCUAGGUCUGAGAAGGAAGGCAGUGCUAAUGGUGGUGAGCUUGGUCUGGUGGAGAGUGCUCCAGAUGAGAGUGUUGACUGUGCUGAGUCAGAGGAGAAGACAGUAUCAGAAUCAUCAGUGGUGAAACAGUCGAGAACUAGGAUACUAUUAGGGAUGAUAUUUCCACAGCUGACCCUCGACGAUGGCUCCCACACUCUCACCAUGAGGCGCUCAGUAUUGGUCGUCCUCACACUCUACGCUAGUCACAGCUUCUCAGCCUGGGGUGAUCGCAUGUGGGGCUUUGUGCUCUCCCUGUUCCUGGUAUACUUGUACCCUGGCUCACUGCUCCUCCCCGGUGUGGCUGGGAUGAUGGUGCAGCUGCUCGUGGCCGUGUUCGGGACUUUAGUGGGAGACUGGGUCGACAACAGCCCCAGAAUGAGAGUGGUAUGGAUAUCUCUACUGAUACAGAAUGGACUCCUAACCCUCUGCUCAAUCCUCCUCGCUCUUAUGUUCGCACUAGACUGGACCGUGUGUGAUAAUGUGGUCGUUUUUGCUUCUCUAAUCCCAUUGGUCAUCAUCCUAGGGGCGGGAGCUAACCUAGCAACCAUCGCUAAUACAAUCUCCAUAGAGAAGGACUGGAUAGUGGUACUGGCGGACAAACAGAAGGACACAUUAGCAGUUCUCAACUCCAAUAUGCGUCGUAUUGACCUUUGCUGUAAGCUGCUAGCCCCCUUCCUGACAGGGGUGGUGCUCCAGUGGGCAGAGCCUCUUGUUACCACCCUCUUUGUGGCCGGCUGGAACAUCGUGUCGUUCUUUGCUGAGCUUGGUCUCAUCUGGUUGGUGUAUCGAUUGAUACCUCCGCUAGCCAAUAAGAAACUGCGCAAAAAGUCAGAGGUCGUGGAGGAAGAUAAUGACGAAACAAAGGAAGAUGGGGAGGAGCCUAUCGUCGUAACAGCUAAAGUAUCGAACUUCAAGUCCAAAGCAAAGAAGGUCUGCUCCAAACUAUUGACUCCUGUCGUGUCUCUUAAGAAUGGCUGGAGAACGUACAUUCGCCAGGAGAUUGCUCUGGUUGGGUUCGCUAUGGCUUGCAUCUACCUCACCGUGUUGGGCUUUAGUGGAGUCACCUCUGCCUACUUCCUAACCCAGGGUGUGCCAAAUUACCUGAUUGGAGUCUGUCAAGGAGUGGGUGCUGUUUUUGGAGUGCUAGGAACGAUUAUUUACCCGUUUUUACGCAAGAAAAUUGGCACCGUUCGCACAGGGCUGUUUGGUAUCAGCACACAGCUGGCCAUCCUCAUGAUCUGUGUGGCCGCUGUGUUCGUACCAUCUCAUAGAGUGGAGAACAGUGCCUCCGGCUAUUACUCUCCAGUCUGUGAUAAUGAAACAACAUCUUUGUGUUUUGGAAUCGAAUGCAAUGGAACUGGAACUGAAUUUUGGACUACUGAUGUUUUUAUGCCGACAGCUACACAAUCUAUUUCAUCCUCCACAUCUCACACACCCUCACACGUUCAAUCCACGCCCACUCCUCCACCAGCCUCACAAGAGCCACAAAUCAACGUAGCCGUGAUUCUACUACUCAUGGGUGUGGUCGGCUGUCGUAUUGGACUUUGGACCUUUGACCUUGCCGUACAGCAGCUCGUACAAGAGAAGGUCGUAGAAGAGGAACGAGGUGUAGUGGGCGGAGUUAUGAACGCCAUGAACUCUAUAAUGGACAUGCUUCAUUAUGUGCUAGUUAUUGCGGCACCAAGACCCGAGCAUUUUGGUUGGUUGACGCUAAUAUCUGUUGCUAUGGUGACGCUCGGACUUGUUCUAUACGGCGCAUAUAUCCGAAAAACUCGCAGACAUUUUUUCCAUUUUGGAGAUUGUUAUCGUCGUGUUAAAAAGUGGACGGAGAAGAGGCAUAUUUCAGAUGAACAAGUGGGCGGAGUUUCAAGCAGCUUUAUUCAUGAGGACGCUGUACAAUUACUGUCUGAAACUGACAAUGAUGAUGACGAUGAUGCAUUAUGAUGCAAUAUGACAUCAUCAGUGUGUAUGAUGAUGACUAUUUAUCUAUAUUUAUUCUUGGCACAUUUGGCACAUUUUCCCACUUGCUAUUAAUUUUUGUUAAUUAUUAUUUCGCAGAACAAGCUAAAGGGAAAGCUCAUUUUGCUAUUGAAAUUAUAUAGGAGGUCGUUUUGUUUG